UGUUAUAAACCCAUCCUCCACCUCCAUGUAGCCAAGCCUAAAGUAAACAGAAAUGUCCACAAAAACCAUCAUUCUGAUUCUCAUCUGCCUCACUUUUCAUCCACUGCUGGGUGGUUCCCAAGGCUUGCCAAGGUUCAACAACAAUACGGACCAGGAAUCGCUUCUUGUAUUCAAGUCUCAGAUAACUGAUGAUCCUCUUGGGGUUCUUGAGACUUGGAAUCCCAGUUCUUCCUUGUGCAACUGGACUGGUAUUAAUUGUAAUGUCACUAAACAGAGAGUUACAAGUAUCAACCUUGAAAACCUUGGCCUUGUGGGUACUAUUGCUCCUCACAUUGGUAACCUUUCCUUUCUUAGCUACCUCAACCUUCAAAACAACAGUUUUUCUGGAAGCCUUCCACAAGAAAUUGGUCAGCUUUUCCGGUUGAGAACACUCAUUCUAGCUUCUAAUCGAAUUCGAGGAACAAUACCGGCAUCGUUAAGUUUAUGUUCAAAGUUGUCUUAUCUUGAUCUGUCAAUCAACAGACUCGAAGGAACCAUUCCAAACGAAUUAGGUGCACUUUCAGAGCUUGAAGAUGUAUCUUUCAUGCAAAAUUUUCUCACAGGUCCUAUUCCAUCUUCUUUUGGGAAUCUCUCUUCUUUGUCAAAUCUAAUUCUGAUGUCAAACAGCUUGAAAGGGCCUAUACCAGAAGGGUUGGGUCGCCUUCCCUUCUUAAUCAAUCUUCAAAUUGGCCUUAACAAUAUCUCUGGUGAAAUCCCACGUUCAUUAUUCAAUAGUUCCUCGUUGAUUGUCAUAGCCAUGGCUGUCAAUAGACUCACAGGUACCCUUCCCCGAGAUACGUUUACUAAUCUAACCAGCUUAACCACCUUUUUCGUGGGAGGGAAUCUCGUGUCUGGUCGCAUACCACCAUCCAUAGGCAAUGCUUCAAGCUUAACUCGAGUUGAUCUCGCAAACAACAGUUUCAGUGGCCAAAUCCCAUGGCUAGGGAACCUGCCAAACAUUCAAAUAUUGAGCUUACAGAGUAAUCAGCUGGUUAAUGAUGGAGCGGGUGGCAUGGAUUUCCUAGCUUCUUUGGCAAACUCUACCCAACUUCAAGUAUUCUCCGUGGCGGAAAACCAGCUUACUGGUAAGCUUCCAUCUUCCAUAGGCAACCUCUCUAGACAACUUUCAUUGUUGGUGAUGAACAACAACUUUUUCCAUGGAAGCUUGCCAGCAGAAAUAAGCAAUUUGGUCAACUUAACCCUGAUUGCUUUCGAACACAAUUCCUUAACCGGAACCAUUCCACCUUCAAUAGGAACUUUGCCAAACCUGCAGUACAUUUUCUUACACGAAAACAAGUUCUCAGGAAAGGUACCAGAGUCUCUUGGAAACUUGACCUAUUUAGCUGAAGUUCAUCUAAGCAACAAUCUUUUAGAAGGGACCAUUCCUUCAAGCUUGGGAAACUGUCAGCGUCUUCAGUUGCUAGACCUGUCAGUGAACUUGCUUAAUGGUACUAUACCCAGUGAUAUAUUAGGAAUCCCAGGUUUGGGAAAGGUCUUGAAUCUCUCUUUCAAUUCUUUAAGUGGAUUUGUUCCUUUCGAAUUAGGUGGUCUAAAUAUGGUUCAAGCGAUAGACUUGGCAAGUAAUCAAUUAUCAGGAGAUAUACCAGUCACCAUUGGAGAUUGUUCAAGCCUUUUGUACUUGGAUAUGUCUAGAAAUUCGUUUCAGGGAUCCAUACCAAAUUCUCUAGACAAAUUGAAAGCGAUAGAGUAUAUUGACCUCUCUUCCAACAACCUCACUGGUAACAUCUCAGCUUCUUUAGAAUCUUUGAAGUUCUUGCAAGUUUUAAACCUGUCCAGGAACCAACUCUCAGGGGAGGUUCCAAAAGCAGGGAUUUUCGAGAAUUCAACAGCCGUUUCUCUGUCGGGGAAUCUCAAGCUUUGUGGUGGAGUACCUGAUCUAGGACUACCAAAAUGUGAUUCUCAUGAAAAAAAGUCGGGUGGUUCCAAGUUGAAAAUUGUACUAGCAGCGACGUUUGCUUCGGUUGCAUUCAUCAUCAUCGUUUCCAUGCUAGCCUUUUGGUUUGUAAGAAAGAAAGAUUCAGACCUCCGUGCGGUUAAUGAGGAGGCUGACUCACCGGAGAUGUAUCCAAUGUAUAGACAACACGAUCUCAAAUUAGCUACCCGGAAUUUCAGUCAAGAGUAUAUGAUUGGAGAGGGUAGCUUUGGAUCAGUUUAUAAGGGUGUUUUUGAGGAUGGAAGUUUGGCAGCUAUCAAGGUCUUCAAAAUGGAGCAACAUGGAGCUUCCAAGAGCUUUAUAGCUGAAUGUGAGGCUCUUCGAAGUAUCCGGCACCGGAACCUUGUUAAAAUCAUAAGCUUAUGUUCAGCAGGCGAUUUCAAGGCUUUAGUCCUUAAGUUCAUGCCAAAUGGAAACUUGGAACAAUUGCUUCACCCAAGAAUUGAAGACUGUGAGGUUGAAAAAGUUGUUGACAUGAACCAGAGGUUGAAGAUAGCUCAAGAUGUUGCCUUAGCACUAGCAUAUUUGCAUCAUGAUUGCGAAACCCCCGUUGUGCACUGUGAUCUUAAGCCGAGUAACGUUCUCCUGGAUGAAGAGAUGUCAGCUCAUGUCGGCGAUUUUGGACUUGCAAGAAUCCUACUUAAAAACUCACCCAAUGCUCAUCUUAGUAGCUCCGUAGGACUAAAAGGUUCAAUUGGCUACAUGGCUCCAGAAUAUGGCAUGGGUGCGGGGGUCUCAACACGAGGCGAUGUCUACAGUUUUGGAAUAUUGAUCCUUGAGAUGUUUACAAGGAAAAGACCCAUAGACCAUCUGUUCAGUGGGAAUAUGGAUUUGCAAAAAUGGGUUUCAAUGCAUCUUCCUGAUCAUUUUUAUAAUAUUGUGGAUAAUGAACUUAAGGCAAAAGAAUGGCAGGCAGAACAUGCUGACAGCAUGGCCAGAAUAUUAAAUAUUGGGUUGAUGUGUGCAAGGAAAUCGCCUGAAGAACGACCAACAAUGAGAGAGGUCUCUGUAAUGAUAAAAAAAUGUCUAGUCUAAGCUUAUCAGAGUAAUUUAGCGUAUAAUUGAUGUAAUUUGCAUGAAUUAAUAAUACGCAAACAAUGGGUCGUCUUCCUCGUCAUAAAAAA